GCGGCUGUGGCGGCCGCAGCGAAGCGGGUGGGAGCUUCCGAAACCCAGGGUUGGAGUGACAGCUGCGGCGAUGGCUCACGAAGGCUCGAGGCAGGAAAGGCAGAUCCGAGACCGUGGGGUGACCCGAUCCAAGGCGGAAAAGGUCCGGCCGCCUACUGUGCAGGUACCCCAGGUGGACAUCGUACCUGGGCGGCUCACUGAGGCUGAGUGGAUGGCGUUUACGGCUCUCGAGGAGGGCGAGGACGUGGUUGGGGACAUCUUGGCCGAUCUGCUCGCGAGAGUCAUGGACUCUGCUUUCAAAGUCUACCUGACCCAGCAGUGCAUUCCGUUCACCAUCAGUCAGGCGCGGGAGGCCAUGCUGCAGAUCACCGAGUGGCGCUUCCUGGCCCGGGAUGAGGGAGAAUCUGCAGUGGCCGAGGACCCCACGUGGGGCGAGGAUGAGGAGCCCUCGGCAUGCACGACGGACGCCUGGGCUCAGGGAUCCGUGCCUGUGCUGCACGCUCCUGCUUCGGUGGGGCUGGAGGAGACCUUCCAAGGCGAAGACCAAGGGAGCGUGGACCAGAUCCCUAUAGGAAGAUCGUGGAUGGAUAGAGGAUCACAGGAGCAGAUGGAAUCUUGGGAGGGUUCUCCCGAGCUGAGAGUCAUCCCAGGUCCAGGCCCGCCACCCACCCCGGAGCUGUUUCAGGAGGCAGGGCCCAGGGGUCCUUUAGAGGAACUGGAUGGCCAGGCAAUAGGCCACCUGUCCUCGGCUGGGUCCUUGAACGGGAACCUCCAGCCAUCAGUGGAGACGGCGCACACCGGCAGUCCCCAUUCUUCUCUGGAGCUGUCCUUGGUAGCCAGCCCCGAGGCCUCAGCCGAGAGGGCACAGGCCCUCAGCUCUCAGUUCUCGCUCGAGGACCUCUACUAUUGCACGCCCCAGCUGCACGCUGCUGGGGACCGGCCGGAGCUCAAGAAGGAGGAGAUACCCCGCAUCGCCUCGCCAGUGUCAGUGGCCAGCUCCUCUGCGGGUGGCUCCACCAUGCUCAGGCUCUCAGCGUCGUUCCAGCCUCAGCAGCAGCCGGGGCGCCCAGAGGCAGGGCUGAGCGCACCUCAGUACAUGGUGGGCCGCAGGAUGGUGGGGGCGCGCCUGGAUCCCGCGCGGCUGCCGCGCCUCUGGGUGAGCCCGCUGGCCAAGGUCCUGCUUCCAGACUCCGAGGCGCGCCCCGUGGAAGCCUACCGCGGACGCCCGCGCGGCGAGAAGACCGAGGCCCCAGCCGAGCCGGAACCCCCCCGCACCGGCGUCCGCGUCUCCUCUGCAGUUUUCUUACCUCUCCCGCCUGGCGUUCCGUCCCGUGACUUCGGCCCUGACCCCCGCCCCGGCCUCCAAAUCCCCAGUUUAAGCUUAGGUCUACCGUCGCCAGGCUCCGGGUCAAAGCUGCCCUUUCCUAGUCCCGGCCUCCGCUUUCUCGCCACGCACCCAGUGCUCCCCGACGUGGCCCGCAACCCCAGCCCCAAACUGUGGCCGGGUACCAAGUGGCCCAGUGGCUGGGAUGGAGAGGUGGAGUUACUGGAAGACCUGUGGGCCGGCCGCGCCCGUGUAUCUCCACAGGGCGUACCUCCACAAGGCCUGGAUCCUCACAAGUGGCCUCAUCCUGAGCCCCAAGUCCUCGAGGCCACGUCCCAGGUGAUGUGGAAGCCCAUGUUGCUGCCAGAAGCAAUGAAACUGGCUCCUGGUGUGAGCAUGUGGAACCCAACCACCCAGGUGCUGCUCAGCUCUGCCAUACCCCAGCAGGAGGACAAAGGCCAAGCCUCUCCUCCCAUUGAGCAGCAGCCCAUCCAGACAGGUGCCCCGAAGCCUCAGGUGAUGGUGGCGCAGCUAAUGAAGAACUCAACCCCCAAAGUGAGGUCACUCCCUUCCAAGUACCUGCCUCAUUCUGGGUCCUGAACCCCUGGCAGCAGGAAUCCUACCUUCCUUCU